AUGGCGACCUGCAGGAAGGUAUCCCCAUCUCCUGAUUUCCUGUCCAGACUUCUGCCUGCUGUCCCUGACUAUAGUGACAUCAUGCCAGGUCGUCACAAGAGCAAAAAACGCCACCGUGCCCAAAUUGAGCCUCAGAGUUGUGGCAAUGCUCAGGCCACUGCUGCAGCAGCAAAAGAGUUCCCUCCCUCCUUCUCUACUCAGUGUGAAGAUAUUGCUGGCCCUGGAUCUGAUCAAGCUUCCAGCAGCCAAGAUGAGGAUGAUGCUGUCUUCUCUGCGACCUCACUCUCCGUGGUGGAUGAUUUCAAAAAGAGGACUGAGGCUUUGGAGCUAUUCCUUCUGUCAAAGUACAAGCUGAAACAACCCAUUAUGAAGAAAGACCUGCUGCGUAUUGUCGGGAAAGAUUACCAAGACCGAUUUUGUGAGAUGCUCAAGAACGCCUCUGAUGAAAUGGAAACCUUCUUUGCAUUACACAUCAAUGAAGUCGACUCAAGAAAUCUCUCCUAUUCUCUUGUCAGCAAGCUGAAACUCCCCAAUAAUGGGAGGGUGCGUCCUGGCAGAGGGUUCCCCAAGACCGGUUUCCUGAUGCAUAUCCUGGGUUUGAUCUUCAUGAAUGACAACUGUGUCUCUGAAGAAGUGAUCUGGGGAGAUCUGCGUCUGAAGCAAGUGUACCCUGGGAAGAAGCACUUCGUCUUUGGGGAACCCAGGAAGCUCAUCACCGAUUUUGUGAGGCUGAAGUACCUGGAGUGCCACCAGGUGCCCGACAGUGACCCUCCACGCUCUGAGUUUCUGUGGGGUCCAAAAGCACACCUUGAAACCAGCAAGAUGGAAGUGCUGGAGUUUUGUGCAAAGGUCAAUGGUACCCACCCCAGGGCCUACCCAUCGUGUUAUGAAGAAGCUUUGAGAGAUGAGGAAGAGAGAGCCCGAGCCAGAGAUGCAGCCAGGGCUGCCACUACUGCCCAAGUCAGAGCAGCUUUCAGGGCCAUGGCCAGCACAACCUUUCCACCAUAG